CAACUGGUCACAAAAUACCUAAAAAUAUCGUCGCCAUAUUGGUAUUGUCAAAAACUUCGGGAUAUAUCGGUGCCGAUGAAAAAAUGGUUUCAAGUCUUUUAAUUACCGAGUUAUCUGUUUUCGAGUGAUCUAAGAGGACCAGCGGUGACUUUAGAUGUUACGUUUGUCGUAUGAGUUGUGUUAUUCGGUUCUUAAAUGAUGUUUUCCAUGGAGAAAUGUUUAGGCCGUAGUGGUACUGGUAAUGCUGAGGAAGCUGAGCUCUUCGCCGGCGGUGGCGAGGGGCUGGGCAAGGAGGGAGUGCCUUCAGACGAGGUGGCUUCAGCCGUGGCCGCGGUGUCCGACGAGAUCGGAGACAUCCUGAAAGAUGAGCUUGGCGAUGCGGAUCGGGCGGAGCGCAUCGGGGCUGAGCUAGCCGAUCUGAGCGCGGAGCUCGGUCUACUCGCAGGAUUGGCGGACGGAGAGCCCCAGCAGGACUUCCCAUCUCUUUUUGAAAUAGCCAUGGGUCACCGCGGCUCCGGCAGCGGUUCCUCCUCAUCCUCCUGGUCGGGGGGGCGCGGAGGACGGCCGAGGCGUCACUCCCGGCCGCAGAGGGCGCCUAGGCGACGACCAAUCGCUAAGGGGAAAGAGAUGUCUCGGCGGCGCAGUGCAGCCGCUCGGCGCGCGGUUUGCAUGCGCGUGCGUCGUGUAGAGGUUGUGUCCGACGCGUCCGACGUCGGCGCCGAGUCCGACUCCGACGACCAGUGGACCGAGCUCGACGAUGCUUCCGGUUCAUCAGACAGCUCUUCACUGAAGGAGGCGGCGGCCGUUGAUGUCGACUGCAACGGCUUUCAGCAUAAGGCAGAGGCUCCAGCGAUGGGCCAGUUCUUACUGCCGCUGCUGAGCUCCGACGCUCCCGCGCCCGACCCCGAACACUUCCUCAUACGCCACGAGGAUAUACUGCAGCUUCUCGCGUCGGCCGAGGAAAUAGUUCACGAUGACAUACCCUUGGAGGAUGACUCCCCACAGGAACCACAGACUGACAUGCUGUCUGGCAGUGAGAUGCUGGACGACGACGCGGCCGUCACCGCCGAGGAGGAAGCUGCGUUGUUGCAUUACGUCUGUGGCAUGGAAGCUGAGCGCCUAUCGAGCUCUGGCGUGACGUUCUCGCCCGUGCAGGACUGGCUGCUCGGCGUCUUCCACUCCUUCUGCGAGAUAUCAGCACUCAUGUUCACUGUCAUCGGGACUAAUAUGAGCGUCGAGAUGGUAACAGAAGACUGGGUGUAUCGCGCCCGGUUCGGCUGCCACUGUCGCCUGUGCCUCUGUCUCGCUAACAACGCGGACGCUCUGCUCGCAUUCAUACGAGACUGUGUGUGGGCUUUGGCGCACUGUGGCAGCACAGUCGGCGCGGCGGCGCGGAUGGUCCGCGCGGUGCGGGCCCGCGCGGACGCGCAGCCCGACCUGUGGGACAUACCGCUGUUACGCCGGGCUCUGGCGCCGCCGCAGAGUGCAGCAAUAAUACACGAACAGCUUUGCAAGUUGGCUGCUCAGAGCGAGACGACACAUCAGAUAGUCAACAGCGUCUGUCUAUGUCGACCGUUUGAUAAGCCUAUGGAGAAAGAAUCAGCAAUAAUACACGAACAGCUUUGCAAGUUAGCUGCUCAGAGCGAGACGACACAUCAGAUAGUCAACAGCGUCUGUCUAUGUCGACCGUUUGAUAAGCCUAUGGAGAAAGAGUACGCUGUGGAGAGGUUUUGCAAAAUAUUGGAAAACUUCAAAGCGGCGUCUACUAUUACAUUUAAGGUGGAAAUGAUCCCAGUAGGCGUGGGUAGCAACGAGUCAGGCCGCUGGGGCUGGGUGCCAGCUGCCCGGGCUCGGCUGCAGCGCUACUUGAAAGCUCAUCAACGCGCCCCCACCCGCGCCCGGCUCGCUGAUAUGGCGGCGCAGACUGACUCUAGGGACCUGAGUGCGUGGUCAGGCUACGAGCAUCGAUGUGACUGUCUGACGCCCAGGACCUUAUGUGCACAGCAGAGGAAACAGCUUUUAAGUGGUUUAUGGGGACGACCUGUGUUCAUCAGCGGGCAUCUAAGAGCUGCUAUCUUCUCAUUCUUCGGUAUGAUGCAAACGGUGAAUGUCUUCAAUGGUGCUAAGCCGGAAACCAGUUCUGAUGGUGAUAAGCCUCCAAACGAGAUGGAACCAGAGACAACGAGCAGAGAGUUGCAGCAAGGAGAUGGGACGGGAGCUAAGCCACCAGAAGACGGGCCGGACAGUAUCGAGAGCAUGGGCAGCGCCGAGAGCCACGCCAGCGGAGACAGCGCCGACACCGCCGACACUGCUGACAGCGCUGACACUGGUGAGAGUGGGGAGGGAGUGGAGUGCGCGGGUGGCGAGGCGGCGCCCGCCGUUGACAAAGAUAGUGAUUCUAAUCCUACCUGCGACUUUGAUGACAUAUCAGACUCCGACGCGAACUCCGGCACAGCAUCCCUAGGCCUUUCCACCUCCUCAUCCCUAGACUCCGCAUCAGAACUGCUCCUAGCUGCAGCAGCGGCCGUAGAGUCCGGAGGCUCCGAGGGCGAAGCCCCGCCCGGCGAGCUGUGCCGCACUGUCAGACACCUGAUGCGGUCCAUAGCGUCCAUCGAGCGUCUGAUGGACAGGGUGCUCAAGCACUGCGACGAGUGGCCCGCGCCGCCCGCCAGGAACGACCACGAGGCCAGGAAACGCGUCGACAUGGGUCUAUCGGAGGUGGACCGCAAGCUGAUGGCGAUGUACCGCCGUCUGCCGGAAGUGCAUCGCAGGCAGCUGCAGGUCUACAGGAAGCAGAAGAAAUUGUCUACCGUGUGCAUGCAGCUAGUAGGAGGGUCAGCGCCGGCGCCGCCGCCGCCCGGCUCGCCGCCCCCCGCGGCGCCGCACCAGCCCUGCCGGGCGCUCUGCCCCGAGUACCAUCUGCAGCGGUUCAAGGAGGUCCGUCGCAAAGUGAUGCAUAUGAGAGACCAACAGCUGUACUAUCAUAGACUGAGGAUGUGGCUCGAAGACCAACUGCGUCACGAACGAGAGAGCCUACCAGAAAGCAACGUAACACUAAUCGAAGACCUCCCCCGUCGCAAAAGACGGACAUCCAGCCCCAAAAUACCGCGCCUAACUACCGCCCCCAAGCGAAAACUAAAACCCGUAUCCCCAUCUAUAUCUAAACCACACAAAAUACUUCAAAUGCUUAAACACAAGGCCCCCGCGCAAACGACUCAGCUUCUUACCGACGAUAUAAAAUCUGGGGACGGUAAGGACGUAGAAUGUCCUGAAGCUUUCCCUCUUGAGAGAGAAGAAAAUGUCUCUGAUACUGAAACGAUAGUAGGGGAAAAAGAAACGGUAGAUAUGUGUAAGGAAAUGAAGGAGUGUCUGGCUAAGUUUUCUAAUUUCGCUCUUAGUAAUGAUACUGUGGAAGUUAUGCAAGUUGAAGGGAAAUAUCCGGAGUCUGUUAGCCCUCCUUUGCAAGAAAUGUCCCCGACAACACCUGAGCCAAUGCCUGUGUAUUCUUCUAAACCUAAUCAAAGGCUGCUCUCAGUUAAUAAAUUUCUAAAUAAAGAUGAUAAUACUGAUUUUAAACAACAAAUUACACCAGAAGUUUUAAAUAUACCGCUAAACGCGAGGCGGACCCCGCUACUCGUUAAAGACGAAAAAGAACCGCUAUCCGACUGUGUAGAAAAUGAUAAAGAUUCUAGUAUAUAUAAGUAUGUUUCUUUUGGUUUAGAAAUUAAGAAAGCUAUGGAGGAGUGUCAGAAUAUUAUUAAUUCUUAUAACAGUAUGAAAGAAGGGAAAAAGGAAGAAGAAGGGCAACUGUCUUUAGAGCAAAUAUGUGAAGUUAUGAUGACGUUAGACAAGAAUUCAGCUGAAUUCCUAGACAAAAUCGACACUGAGGAUCCUAUAGAUAUUAACACAGCUAACACGAAGCUAGCUGAGCUCGUUGAAAAUAUGCCUCAAAUAUUAGCUAACAUGCCUGAAAUAGCUUCGAAACUAUCAGACAUUGCAAACACAUCUUUCGGACUACCCGAAUUCGCGUCAAUCAUGAACAGUCUCCCGGAAGUUAACAACGAGGCCCAGCUAACACCGGAAACCUUGAAACAAAUAAGAGAGUUGAAAUUAAAUAAAACUAGGGAUAGCGUUAAAGUGACUAAGAAUACAACAAAGCGUAAAACUCAACGUAGAAUUAAGAGUAAUAUAGAAAAUAGUGAUGUUAUAGGAACAAUGACAUUUGAGUUAGAUAAUAAAGAUAUAGUCGAACUUCUGAAAGAUGACAAGGAUUUGCAAGCGCUAAUGAAAAAUAAGAAUAGAGAGGAUUUCAAAGACUUACUUUUCUCGAUCUCCGCUCAAGUGGUGAUUAACAAAGUCUUUGAGUAUUUAAAGCAAAAUAAAAGUCCGGUUUUAGCCAAGUGUUUAGAAGAGGAUAAGGAUCUAUUCUCUCUACCGAAGAAUAGUUUGAACUCCGAAAUGUAUUCAAAAGCAUCUACUCUUUUUGAGAACUCAGUUAAAGACGCGUUAAGCAUGGAAGAGUUAAGAGAGCUUGUCAAAUCUCGCUUCAACUCUUGGAAACAUUAUGUCCAAUCGAAAUUCAAAGGAAUUCCAGUUGAAAUAUUAGACGGUGAGAUCGAAGAAAUGCUAGAUAAAUUCUAUAGCUACAUACAAGAUUUAGCGGGGAAGAAUUUUGUACCAGACCCAGACAGAAUGGCAGCUAAGUUAGAAGAAUUAAAGAAACACCACGAAACUCACAGAGAUUCUGAUUCUGACUCUCGUGAGUCUGUCAGACAGAUACUUCUGACUACAUCAGUGGGUAAUACCCUAGAUAUACUAAUCAUGAAAUUUCCUAAAUUGACGCAUGAAAAAAAAGUAAUGGUUAAAGGUCUGAAAUUCAAAUAUAUGAAUGUUUUGCGCAGAUGUUGCGAGUCACAACCUUUAGCUAACUGGAUAUUAACGGACCCGGAAACGGCUAUAAACGUUAUACAAGACCUCAUGGAUUUCCAAGUGAAAAAGGCUGAAAAUAUACCCGAUUUUACAAGCAUGACCAAUGACAAGAAAAGAGAUUAUUUCGUUGAAAGAUUGAGAGAAGUUAAUAAACAAUAUAUGGAGACUUUGCCUAAGAAGAAUCUAUCUGGCGACGAAUGGUUAGUCAUGUUAUAUAAGCUAGAACAGUAUGAAGAAAAAUUAAAAGAGAAUUUCAAUAAGGCUUCUCCGCAACCGGUUAAAACUACCCAAAACGCUAGCGAAGCCGAAAUUCUAGCUGCUAAAGGUCUAAGCAAGAUUAUAGGUAAAGCUAGCAUAAGAGUUGUCAAAAAAACCGACCCACCGAAGAAAAAAGAGGAAAAAAUCAAAGAAAAAGUCGAUGAUGAUGAUAAGAAGUGUAAAAAUGAUGCUUUGCUAGCCAAAUGUGAGGCGAUUUUAACUUCAAAAGGCGAGAAAUCUUUGCUAGACAGCUUUUACACUAUAAAGUCUUAUAUAACCCAAGGGCUACCAGUCCCAGAAACUUACAAAAAACACGUAAUUUCUAUAUGCUCUUCAAUUGACGCAAAACUUUUAGAUGAGGAUAUAGAAGAAAGCUUAAAGUCGGAACCGGAAACGGUGGAAUCCGACGCUAAAGAUAAACCAAUUUCUCCUGCAAAUCACGACGAUUUAGCCAAGUAUUCAGCUCAAGCGUUAAGGAACGCGAAACAGACUUUAAACGCUGUGGCUUUUAAAAAUAUAACUCGAAACGGUCAGAGUAAGUCAGAAUCAGAUGUCUGUGAUACCCCAAAAUCAGAUUGCAAAUGGACUAACGAUUGCGUCUGCAAUUCUUGCAAGGAUAACGAAAAUACGUGUUUAGGAGAUAUGGUGAAACAGUGCUAUGAUGGUGAGAAGAAGUUGGAGAAGAAGAAAGUGGAGAAGAAACCGGUGGUGAAGCCGAAACCGGUGGCUAAGGCUUGUGAGAAUGUGAAUCAUCAGCAGCAUGUUUGUAAAGUGGGUCACGGCGGCGCGAUGUGUGCGGGAGAGGGCACGGAACAGCCCUGUACUUGUUGCUACUGCACCGUUUUUGGACAUGCUCCGCCAUUAACAACGCCUGUGCCUAGAAACUUCAACGAGACGAGAGAACGACUAAGAUCUAUACUGAACAAGAAGAAACAGCAGUGCAAGAGUGCUAAUGGUGAACAACCAGAGCAGCCGGCUGUGACGAAGGCGUCUGUGGUGGCGACGCCGCCGAGCGAGCCGCCCGCCGCGCCCAAGCCCGCCAAGCCGCCCGUGCUCGCGCCGAAACCACCCGCAUUACCAAAAACCCAGCCUCCGAACUUGACCCCAGCUCAAGUGCAACAAAAGCGACAGUCCAUAGACACGCAACAGAGACAACUUGCCGACAAGAUGGCGCGGAUGGCUGUCUCUGACAGGCCCGCUGUUGCUGCUCAAGCUAAACCUAAGUCCAUAGACACGCAACAGAGACAACUUGCCGACAAGAUGGCGCGGAUGGCUGUCUCUGACAGGCCCGCUGUUGCUGCUCAAGCUAAACCUAAGUCCAUAGACACGCAACAGAGACAACUUGCCGACAAGAUGGCGCGGAUGGCUGUCUCUGACAGGCCCGCUGUUGCUGCUCAAGCUAAACCUAAGGCUCUGCAACGCACGGUACCGAUUCAAGUGAACGUGCCUCCUGGGUUGAAAACCGAAGGGAAAGUCAACCCCAACGCUAUGGAGCAAAUACGGUUACAGCAAUUAAAACAACAGCAGCAACAGCAACAAGCCCAACUACAACAGCAACAGCAACAAACUCAGCAGCCUCAACAACCCCAACAACCGGCCCCACAACCUGUCCAACAGCCUGCCCAACCAACUCAGCAGUCUCAGCAGCCUGUCCAACAGUCUCAGCAGACUCAGCAGGCCCAACAACAGAAGAAGCCGGAGCCGAUAUACGAUCUGCCUAUACACAACAAGCCGACGUUGACUCCGCAACAACAGCAACAGAUUAGACAACAGCAACAGAUGAGGCAGCAGACUAAGCAGCCUGUCCAACAGUCUCAGCAGUCUCAGCAGCCUCAACAACAGAAGAAGCCGGAGCCGAUAUACGAUCUGCCUAUACACAACAAGCCGACGUUGACUCCGCAACAACAGCAACAGAUUAGACAACAGCAACAGAUGAGGCAGCAGAUAAUCCAACAGAAGCUACAACAGCAACAGCAACUUCAACAACAGAAUCAGCUCGCGCAACAACAACACCAACAGCACACUCAACAACUGCGAGCUCAGCAGGCAGCGCACCAGGCUCAACAAGCUCAGCAGGCUCAGCAGGCUCAACAACAGGCUCAGCAAGCUCAGCAGGCUCAGCAGCAAGCUCAGCAGACUCAGCAGGCUCAACAACAGCGGCAGAGCAGAGCUCAGCAGCAGCGGAGUACUGUGUCUCUGUCUAGUAGAGAUACUAGUGUGUUCUCUACUUCGUCUGGUUGCUCUGGCGGUUCAUGUUGGCGAGGUUCUCGGCCAGAAGACACGCGGGAUCUAGACGCUCUUCUGCAGUACAUAGAGGGACCCGCCAGACAUGUCGACCGCGGCAAGAAGCGAGCCAAGAAACAGAGGCAGAAGGCCAAGAAGGUGAGUGUGACAGAAGUACUAAAGGUUCUCGGCCAGAAGACACACAUGUCGACCGCGGCAAGAAGCGAGCCAAGAAACAGAGGCAGAAGGCCAAGAAGGUUCUCGGCCAGAAGACACGCGGGAUCUAGACGCUCUUCUGCAGUACAUAGAGGGACCCGCCAGACAUGUCGACCGCGGCAAGAAGCGAGCCAAGAAACAGAGGCAGAAGGCCAAGAAGGUGAGUGUGACAGAAGUACUAAAGGUUCUCGGCCAGAAGACACGCGGGAUCUAGACGCUCUUCUGCAGUACAUAGAGGGACCCGCCAGACAUGUCGACCGCGGCAAGAAGCGAGCCAAGAAACAGAGGCAGAAGGCCAAGAAGAUGGAAUCCCGACUGAUAGAAGAAAGAAACGCCGUCGUAAACGAACUCUCUCGAGCUCGACGCGAACUGGACGCCUUACACGUCGCUCACCACGCAGCCAAGCGACGCCUCGACACUACGCGAGCGUUACUGCACGCGCAUACCAAGCCUAAACGUAAGGGUAAAAAGCAGAAGCUAAACCCGGCUCAGCAGGCUAAAGUGCAGCUCGUAGCGGAACAGCUAGGAGAACUGACCACACUCAUGAACACCACUUCUAAGGAAAUGGCAGCAGCCGAGAAGCAGGUGCUAGACUUCUCGCGACGGCUGCAGAACUGCGAGCGACAGCUGGCCGAGUCCCGCGCCGUGCAGGGCAAGCCCGACCGCCCCGACAGGCCACCGCAGCAGGCACAACAGAUCGACCAAGCGGCACACCAAGCGGCACUCCUAGCGAAACAACAGCAACUCCAACAACAGGCUUUACAACAACAACAACAACAACAGCUGCAACAACAACAACAGUUGCAACAACAGCGGCAGCUACAGCUGAUGCAGCAACAAGCAGAGAAGCACAAGAUUGACAAGCACAAGCAGAAUGCUAGCUUUCAACAACAACAACAACAACAGUUGCAACAACAGCGGCAGCUACAGCUGAUGCAGCAACAAGCAGAGAAGCACAAGAUUGACAAGCACAAGCAGAAUGCUAGCUUUAUCAAUGGACAAAACGGCGGCGGCAUAGUAUGCGUGAGGCGAUCCCCGGGCGACGGCGCCGUGACGCUGUCGCUGCCCGGACAGCGCGACACGCCGCUAGCGCAGCUCGUGCAGAAUAAUAAACAUGUCACUGUACUGAACGUAUGCGGCGAGCAGGCAGCGCCGACACAGAAGCCGGCUGAAGGUCGCAAGCAGACGUGGGAGCAGGCACUCGCACACAUCAACCAGCUGGCUAAACAGGGGAAGGAGAAGAAAAAGCAAAAAGAGCAGAAAGAACCCAAAGAGCAGAAACAACAAGAGCAGAAACCUGCCAAAGACAAGGAACAGACUAAGACUGCCGCCCCAGCUCAGGCAGAGACUCAGCCACUGUCCAAGAAACAGAGAAAACUGCUGGCUAAACAACAGGCUGAAGAAGAAGAAAAGAAAAAACAACAACAGCAACAGCAACAAUCAGACUCGAAAACCAAAAAGUCUGACUCAAAGUCUGACACCAAAUCCGACUCCAAGUCUGACAAGAAACCCGAGCCCAAACCUGACACUAAGAAGAAUGAUAAAAAGCCUGAACCCACUAAGAAGGAGAAGAAAGAAGAGAAAAAGAAAGAGAAGGCCGCUGAGAAGAAGGUGGAAAAGAAAGGGAAGGAAAAUAAACAGGAGAAAACGCCCGCAUCUCAAACGAAAGCAACAAAGCAACAACCACAACAGCAACAGACGCAACAAACUAAGAAAGAAAACAAGAAGCAACAACAACAACAACAACAACAACAACAGCAACAACAACAACAACAACAGAAACGACAAGUCAUCAACAUCACUCCUGAUACUAGCAUUGAAGUUGUUACUAACAAGACGCCGUGCACAAACGAGCCUGAAAAGCCAGCGUCCUGCAGUAUCAUGGAACAACUUAGCUGUGGCGUUCAGGUGGCAGAUUUAAAACUCCCUCCUGGCAUCACUUUGACUCGAGUACAACCUUCCGAGAAGAAAGAACCACCUCCUAUCAAAUCUGUUCCGCUAUGGAAAGCAGGACAGUUACCGGCCGCUCCGACGCCCGUAGCCCGCCCGGCGCCCGUCAUCAAUGCUGAUCCUGCCAAUGUUAUGUUCACUACGCAGAUGCCGGAACCACCGAAACCAGUCAUCAUAGCCGACCCACCACCUCCCGUCGGCAAAUCCAAGAAAGCCAAAAAGAAGGCUAAGAAAGCAGCCCAGGCCGCCGAAGACGCAAAGCCGGACGGCACAAAGAUAGUCACGCUACGAAACCCUAUGUUCCACCCCAACUUACCACCAGUUCAAAUAUCUAGCAAUAACAGUCAGCCCGUACAAAAGAAACAAGAACAAAUUAGAAUCCCGGAUCCAAUUCCGAUGCCUCCAAACGCUUGUCAAGCUACCAUCACACCAACAUCCAACGGAAUGUACACCAUACGGAACCCGUUAAUGACAAUGAUGCAUCAACAAAGUCUAAUGGGGGUUCGCACCCAAAGCCCCCAACUGAACCCUAUGUACGGACAGCAGUAUAACUAUGUGAACCCCAACACGUACACACCGGUCAACCCAACACAGUUCGAACGUUCUUCACCGAAGCCGGAUGACUUUCAAACGAGAAUCAUGAAUUUAGCAUCGUUUACUCAGAAAAAUGAUGAAGGAUACUCUCUUUUUAAGACUUCUGAUGAUAAUCAGCAACGCAGUUUUUUGACACCGGAAUAUUUUGAAAAUCAGUCACCAAAAUCAAUGGUUUCUCCCAACCCUAUUGGAACGAGACCGGUUGAAACCCGUCCCUUUGAGUCCGAUACAUCGUUAUUUGCUAAUCCUAUACAACGUCCGGAACCAAUUGGUACACCGUUGAAACAAGAAGUGGAUUACACCGGUUUAUACACACCGUUUGGUCAGGAAGAUAGGAAUGUCUUCCGGAAUGCACUGUUCAGUGAUAAAAGUGAUAGCAAUCAUCAAAAAAGUGAGGAUUUGGGUCCGAAUAAUGUGUCCAACGGUGAUUCGUUACCGUACUUCCAGAGGUUGAGAGUCGGUUCGAAGUUGAACAGUGAAGUGACGAUUCAUCAUGUAACGGAGUCAAAAUUUUAUAAAGGGCAGGAGCCCGGAGCGUCAGUAGAGCAGUCACAAGAGGAGUCGCUGUUCAGUCGGCCCACCACCUGGCCGGACCAACUCUACCCGGAUAAUGCUGAGCGUGUCGGAGCUGUGGGCGCGGCAGCCCCGGAGGCGGCGCGGCGCUUCGGGCCCAUCGGAGCCCCCACACAGCACGACCCCGAAUGCCACGUAUUCCUACCGGACUGUUCAAUCACCAAUCUAUCAGAGUUAGAACUGAGUGAACGAGAAAUUGAAUCUUUUAAACGAUUCGAUUUUUACUUUUCUCCGCCUCAACAUAAGCCCAAAGUGCGUUUAGACGUAGCUGCCAUGCGACAUACGCAUAACUAGUGCGUUACAUCGGAUAUUGUUCAGCCGAAAAAUUAUGUAACUACCCUAAAAUUAUUGAGACGAUAUUUUGUACCAAAUGUUGACAAAAAUGAGUGUUUUGUAAAAUGGCUGGAUUGAUUUUGGUAAAAUUGUUAAAAUUUGAGCUUAAUUUUUGUCUAAAUUUGUUCAGUCGUUUUUGUUAUAAUAGUGUCUGUAAAAUGGCUGGAUAGAUUUGGGUAAAAUUUGGUUAAACAGACAGUUAGAUGGCUGUAACAAACAUUGACAAGAUUAUGAUAAAUACUUGACCAUAGUUUUAUUAAAACUUACAAAAAAAUUAUUGACCGCACAUCAAAAAUUUCAAACAAUUUGGUCUAGCCGUCACAAAGUUAAAACUUACUCGACUGAAUUUGAUAAAAUAUCUAUAAUUAGUUAAAUAUUUCCAUCAGAUUUGACUAAAAUCUCUCCAGCCAUUAUGGAUAUCAAUGACAAAAUAAUUUUUGAAGCUUCUCAUAAAGAGAUGAUAUUAUGAUAGACACAUAUUAUUAAGUUUAGCAUAUCGAACGCACUAUACAUACUUAGUAACAUUUUUAACCGACUUCCCAUAAAAUUUUGACAUAGUUCUAGUUGCCACCGACUUCCAGACCUGCAGACACCGACUUCUAGAGCCAUUUCAGAAGUUUUAUUUUGUCCCUUUCAGUGUUUUGUGAAGUCGUUUACACGUUUUUCGCUGUAAAACUGUUAGGUAUAAGAAAUUGACUUUAUCCUACUAUUUUCUCUACCAGACCUCGGGACUAUAGAGUCCCGGAUUUUUGGGAGGCGAACGUGGGGCCGAAGCCAACACGCUGAAGCCCUUUUGAGACAACUUUAAUGAAAUGGCGACACAAAACCGACGAUUAUCCCUGUAUACACUAUAGAAAUGUACCCAAGGACAAUCCCCGGUUCUGUGCUAAACUAUUGCUAACUAUGGAUGAAAACUACUUUAUCCUACUAUUAUUAUAAAUGCGAAAGUUAAUAUGUAUGUUACUCUCUCACAGCCUUACUUAUAAAAAUCAUCUUCUAAGCAUCAUUUUGACUAAUUACUACUUAAAGCCUUAAGUAGUGAUUAAACUAUUGGGUUCAUUAGUUGACAUGCUUAAGCAACGUUUAUAAGUAAGAAUUUUUCUUAAACAGCCCUUAAGUAUUACUUAUUAUUUAAUUCACGUUUAUAAGUAAGGCUAUUAAUCUAAACUGUAUGGAUAGUGAUGAAACUUGGCAGUAAUAUAGCAUAUGAGCUACAGAAAGAAAAAAAAAGAAAAAAUACAGUCGAAUUAAGAACCUCCUUUUUUGAAGUCGGUUAAAAAUGAGUAAGUUAUUGUAGUGCGUGCGAUAUGCUAUUUUGUAAUAAUAAUUAAUGGAUAAUACUCUAAGUGUUGGCACACAUAUGGCUGAAAGUAGCGUAGAACACGCGAAGUUUUCUAAAACACAUUGAAAUCAGGCUAUUUACUUAAAGCAAAAUAAACACGAUUUUAAUAAGAUAAAUUAAGGAAUUUUACUUGACUUUGAGGAAGUUUAUGACGUAAAAAAAACGCAAAUCGGUCCAGGCGUCUUCGAGUAACCCGACGAAUUGAGAACCUCCUCUUUCCGAAGGCGGUUAAAGUAAUGUUUGGAAAAAUGUAUUUAUUCGAUAUCGAUUAAUUGUAUCGCGGUAAUUAACUCGACAUAUAUUUUUCCUAACAUUUUAUUUUGUGCGAUUUUAAUAAGAAUAAUAUGAAAAAAUCUCCCGCACUUUCUGCUAUAUGUACGCCAGCCAAAAUGCUUGCUCAUAGCAUGCAUUCUUCAAAUAUGACGUGUAUGUAUGUACAAAAAUAAUGAUUUGACUUGUAAACCUAUGAACGUAAGAAAAUCAUAGAUUUAGAAUCCCACUAAUGUUUAAUAGAUUGGCAGUAAGUGACAGAUAACUAUAUGUAGAUGAUAUGACAAAGCAUUGUCCAAAAUAUCGCAUUUGGACAAUGUUUUCUAUGGUCAAAAUUAAGAAAUUUUGAAGUUCAAGAGGCAAUGCGUGACAGAUAACUAUAGGUAGAUGGUAUGAGAAAUAAAUAUUGUCUAAAAUAUCGCAUUUGGACAAUGUUUUCUAUGGUCAAAAUUAAGAGAUUUUGAAAUUGAACGAAGGAGCAAACGAAGCGAAGGACGAUUUACUCACACAUGAAAAAGUUGAAAAAAGUUUUGGGUAGGUCCGUUCCCAAUUAUCUAUCUGUGGAUUUGGUUGCUAAAGAUAGGAAUUUGACAUUUGUAUGGGGCUUAAAAAUUCUAUCUCUACUAAGAAAAUCAACGGAUAGGGAUCGAAUAUUGGAACGGUAGUCACUGAUUGCCAACCUAUCAACGGAUGACUUAACAAAAUCGGAUGUGACUAUAUAAUAUAUCGCUCUGUAUAGUAUAGAGCUAAAAUAUGACAAAAUGGCGACCGCCAUCCUAUUUGUGAGAAAUACGUGUUAAACUUUAUCAAAUACAUUAUCCACAAUCA